ACGGAGGAAGGCGGAGCUAUCCGCUCGCUGAGCUGCCUUCAUUCGCCCUCCUUCCAACCUGCAGCGAAGAUGGUGAAUAUCCACUAAAGGAGAAGAAGAGUGAAUAUCUUCUUGUUUUUGCACGGCAGGGGGGGAAGAAUACGCGGAAGAAGCGAAGAAGGCUGGCAGGCCAAAGCCGGUAAACACGCACCCACAUCGGGCCAAGAGAACGGCGGACAUCGGUUUUGGACACCCCCGCGAAGGCACCCCCGCCACGUUCCGCCUCACCCCUCCACAUCCCUCCAUCCUCACGAAUUAGGAUAUAAAGGAUUACAGCCACCGCCGGUCACCAUCGAGUCGAGAUCGUCCGAGCCCCGGACUUCCAGCGCUCUCCCCUGGCCGCAGCCUGGUCCUCCCAGCCGGGGAUGCGGCGCCUUGCUCGGGCUAAAGUCGGACGAGCAGCCGGGCUCUCAUCCGCAGUGGACCCAUGAAAGACAUCUGACACAAGCACAGAUGGGAUGAAAAUGCGGCGGCACAGGGUGUUCUUGCUGUGCACGGUGGGCCUGUGCGUCAUCUCCUUCCUGCACUACUACAAGGCCCUCCACUAUGUGUCCCUACUGCGCGAGCUUUCCGCGCCAUACCCCAACAUCAAGUCCUUCAUCAUGGUCACCGGAUUCUUCUGGCAGGAGAAGGGAGGCGGAACCGGCACGCCGCUCAGCACCGCCUCCCCCGAGGAGGCGCCACCGCUGCCGGUCCUCCGCCCGUCGGACGCCAAGGGGAGAGUGGGUGCCCUGGUGGGGGCGGUGGCAGAGGGGGACGGGGUGGCCGAGGUGAAGUUGGCGGGGACCGGUGCUGUGGGCAGUGCGGGACUGGAGAUGAGGAUUAGGGAGGUGCUGGCGCCUCCUCACCCUUGGAAGGAACCAGACGAGAGCCUAAGGGGGGACGUUCGACGUCAGCAGCAACAGGAAGACCACCUUCCCCCACGGGAUCCCACUCACCGACCCCCACGCCCCGCCCACCCGGCGACGUUCUUCAAGGCCGGACCACCCUCGAACCCGUCCAAAUCCUUGGGCGACCUGCACACUCGCACUUACCUGCUGCAGGACGACAAGACGCCAUACUUUGCUCGAACCCGAGCCGGAGCGUUCUGUUUCCGGCAGGGCACAUUGGUGGCCGGCCCCAAGGAGAACGCCAGGAAAGCGGGCGGCGUCGGGGAGGCCGGCCGCUCCGGUGCCGUCGGGCAACGGAAACCCCUGGAGGUCCAGCAGCAGACUUCUAUCGCGCCCAAGUCCAAGACCAGGGCGACGCGGGGCGGCAGGCGGCUAGUGAAGUGCGUGUGCCGGCCCGGGUGGCACGGACCCUACUGCGGCGUGCCCACCAUGGUGUAUCACUCCAACCUGCCCACCAAGGAGCGGCUGACUCCUCGAGAGACGCCCCGCCGCAUCAUCAACGCCAUCAACGUCAACCACGAGUUUGACCUGCUGCACGUACGCUUUCGCGAGCUGGCGCAGGCAGUAGACCUCUUCCUCGUAUGCGAGUCCAACUUCACCGCCUACGGGGAAAAAAGACCACUUAGUUUUCUGCGUCUGCUCCUGAACGGUACGUACGACUACGUGCGCCACAAGAUCCUGUACGUGUUCCUGGACCAUUUCCCCGAGGGCGGCCGUCAGGACGGCUGGAUCGCGGACGACUACCUUCGCACAUUCCUGACGCGCAACGGCAUUUCGCGGAUGCAGGGCGUCCGGCCGGACGACGUCUUCGUCAUCAAUGACGCCGACGAGAUCCCGGCUCGUGAGGGCCUCCUCUUCCUGAAACUGUUUGAUGGCUGGACGGAGCCCUUCGCCAUUCACAUGCGCAAGUCUCUGUACGGCUUCUUCUGGAAGCAGCUGGGCUCCCUGGAGGUGGUGUCGGGCUGCACGACGGGCAUGCUGCGCGAAGUUUACGACACCGACGGCAUCAAGCUGCGCCGUCGCGAGUACUACACCAUGCCGGGCUUCCGCAAGUACGAGAACGACACGGGCCACAUCCUGGUGCAGUGGUCCCUGGGCAGCCCCUUCCACUUCGCCGGCUGGCAUUGCUCGUGGUGCUUCUCGCCCGAGGGCAUCCUCUUCAAGCUGGUGUCGGCCCAGAACGGCGACUUCCCGCGCUGGGGCGACUACGAGGACAAACGCGACCUGGGUUACAUCCGCCAGCUGAUCCGGACCGGCGGCUGGUUCGACGGCUCCUUGCAGGAGUACCCGCCCGUGGACCCCAAAGAGCACAUGUACGCCCCCAAGUACAUGCUAGACCACUACUCGCGAUACCGCUACCUCCUGGAGAACCCGUACGCCGGACAGCGUUGACCCGAGCGCCGGAACCGUCGUGCGGCCUGGACGCAACCACUGGAUUUACGCAAGCGCUUGUUCCCCGCCGCGACCGCUCACCUCCACUGUUUUGUGUAUGUCUGUAUGUGCGGAGUAUUGAAGUUGACGUCUUCCGGUCGCGUUUGGAGACUUCCCACACACACACGCACACACCCUGCUCAAUGAUGACGCACACUCAUCCCACUUUUCUGUUUAUGUGCGUGCACGUGUGUCAAAGGGAGGUUUAGCUGUGAUUCCGUUGUUCCUUUUCCUACAUGAGAAUUGCAGGUGUGCGUCUGUGUGUCUAUGUGAACUACUUUUUGUGUGUUUGACCCAUCAGUCUUGAGUAUGCGCAUGCGUGCGUGUAUGUCUGUGUGAUCUCGUUCCCUUUGUGUGUGCGUGUGUGCGUGCAUGUGUGUGUUUGUGUGUGCAUGCGUGUGAGUUUGGAUGUGUAUGUGUAUGUGCGUGUGUAUCAGUCAGCUGUGAGUCUUGAGUGUGUGUUUGUGUGCACAUUUUUGUGUGUGUUAGAGGCAGGUUUUGCAGUGAUUUCGUUCCCUUUGUGUGUGUGUGCGUGUGUGUGUUGUGUGUGCGUGCAUGUGUGUGUUUGUGUGUGCAUGCGUGUGUGUGUGUCUGUGUGAAGUAGGCAAGAUGACUUUUUGUCUCCUUGGAAACUAAAAUGUAACUGGAAGAUGAGUGGGCAGUUUCUUUUGUGCGUGUGUGCGCUCGCGUUGUUUAUAUCAGGUCACGGCUGAUUGCGUCGUCAUGGCUCCUCGCAUCGACACUAGUCAUUCAAAUUCAAGUUGUACAUCUUUUUAGUCACAGUAUCAUUGUACACACAAAACACACUAAAGGACUUCCUAACAGAAAAAAAACAGACUUACACAUUUCCACUGAAAAGUACAAUUACACACUUAUAGAUACAGUGACAGAGCCUCCAUGGCAAGGACUGCACAGUACAGGACAGCGGUUAGUUACCAUGGUGACAGAAGACAGAAAAGGACAGUGGUUACGGUGGCAACAGAAAACAGGACCUUGGUUACCAUGGUGACAGAAGCCAGGCUAGUGCAGUGAUUAGUUACCAUAGCAACAAAAGACAAGUCAAGGAAGUGGUUACCAUGGUGACUGGAUACAAGACGGGGCAGAAGUUACGGGACAGAAAACAGUACCGUUUUUUGUUACCGUGGUGACAGAAGACAGGACAGGACGGUGGUGGCCAUAGCGAUGAAAGACCACACUGGACAGUGGUUAGUUAUCAUGACAACAGCAGACGCAGCAGGACAGUGGUUACUGUGUUGACAGACGACAAGACUGUUAUUACUUAACAUGGCGACAGAAGACAGGACAGGACGUUGGUUAGUUACCAUGGUGAUAGAUGACAGGUCAAUGGUUGGUUACCAUGAUGACAGAAUACAGUUAUUUUGGCGUCCUACUUGUCAGUAUUUGGAAAGUAUGACAUUGAUCACAUAACGAUAGACUCGGUUGCCGCGGAAACGCAAACAUGGCAAUAAAUCCGACCCUCAAGGCUUUGAGCGUUCAAGCUGCAAUCAAGCUGGAACAUCUGCGCGUUAGUGUUGCACGUGUGGUGUGGCGAUGACCGGUGUGGUCUCGUGUGGCCUCCCGCCAUCGCCGCAGCAACAGUCCUUUCCAUGAAUUCCCAGCAUGCCGACGGUGUGAUGUCAUCAAGUUAGCAUUUAACUCGUGAGGAAGAAAUUCCACGGAAAUGUUGCACACAACACAAAAAGCUUUAGUCAUUUCAUUUGAAUUAGUUAUUUAAUUCAAUUUAAGUUCCAUUAGAUAUAAAGUGGCCGACACGGUGAAUGACUGGUAAGCACAUCUGCCUCACAGUUCUGGGGACCGGGGUUCAAAUCCCGGCCCCGCCUGUGUGGAGUUUGCAUGUUCUCCCCGUGCCUGCGUGGGUUUUCUCUGGGUACUCCGGUUUCCUCCCACAUCCCAAAAACAUGGGUGGUAGGUUGAUUGGCGAUUUUAAAUUGCCCGAAGGCGUGAAUGUGGUUGCGAAUGGUUGUUUGUUUAUAUGUGGCCUGCGAUUGGCUGGCGACCAGUUCAGGGUGUACCCCGCCUCUCGCCCGAAGAUUGCUGGGAUAGGCUCCAGCAGCCCGCGACCCUUGUGAGGAUAAGCGGUAAAGAAAAUGGAUGGAUGGAUGAUUACACUUCAAAAAUUAGGUUUUAAAGCACAAAAGGGAUUUACAGUAAAUACAAUUUUCAAAAAUUAUGAAAUACAUGAAAUGAUUAACUGUUGCCUUCCUGAAACCUUUUUAUUCAGUUGAAACAUUAAAUUUAAUGCAAGAUAAAAAUUAAAUGAAAAAGGAUUUCAUUAAAUUAAAACUAAUUAAAAUAUUUUCAGAAAUUAACAGUUAAAACACUUUGUGAAUGUUAUAUUAUUUUGUAAUUAAAAUGAAAAUAAAUAUAAAAUGUAUUAAAAAUUAUUUACAAAUUAAGUUACAUUAAAUCGAAAAGAAUGACUGAUUGUUUUAAUGGACAAUGAAAUUACAUUUGUUAGAUUAUUAAAUUUAACUGUUGCAAUCUUGAAACCUUUCAUUUGUUUUUUUAUUUGAAUUAAAGUUAUGGAAUUAGGAUACAAAUUUACUUUAAUUCCAAAAAUAUAAUUAAUAAAAUGAAAUUGCAUUUUCAAAAUUAAAGAAUUUUCUGAAAUUCAAAAACGUAUUAACUUGCAUCACCUUUCAUUUAUGUAUUAAUUUAACAUAAAAAAUGUUCAAUUAAAAAUAAAAAUUUGAAUUCAAUUCAAUUACAUUGACCGGCAGCACGGUGGACGACUGGUUAGCACAUCCGCCUCACAGUUCUGAAGACUGGGGUUCAAAUCCGGCCUCUCCUGUGUGGAGUUUGCACAUUCUCCCUGUGCCUGCGUUGGGUUUUCUCCGGUACUCCCGAUUCCUCCCACAUUCCAAAUACAUGCAUGGUAGGUUAAUUGAAGACUGUAAAUUGCCCAUAGGUGUGAAUAGGUUGUUUAUAUGUACCCUGCCAUUGGCUGGCGACCAGUUCAGGGUGUUCCCCGCCUCUCACCCAGAGUCAACUGGGAUAGGCUCCAGAACGCCUGCAACCCUAGUGAGGCUAAUUGGUGUUGAAAAUGGAUGGAUGGAAUUUUAACCUACUGUCACAAUAUCAAUCAAAAAAAAUACCAAUUUGCUAAAAUUGUGUUUUUUUUCUUGAUGACGGUGUAGAUCAUAGGUGUCAAAGUCAAGGCCGGGGGCCAGAUGCGGCCCGCCACAUCAUUUUAUGUGGCCCGCGAAAGCAAAUCAUGCUCGUCAACUUCUGGGAUUUUUGCUCAAAUCUGUACCCAAAUUCCAAAUUGUCAUAAUAAUAAACAAUAAUGUUCAGAUAUUGUUUGAGGGAAAUUAUAACUAGAAUGCGACCCGAGACAAAAAUGAAUUUGACACCGCUGGUGUAGAUAGGGCGGCACGGUGGACGACUGGUUAGAGCGUCAGCCUCACAGUUCUGAGGACCGGGGUUCGAUCCCCGGCCCCGCCUGUGUGGGGUUUGCAUGUUCUCCCCGUGCCUGCGUGGGUUUUCUCCGGGCACUCCGGUUUCCGCCCACAUCCCAAAAAACAUGCAUGCUAGGUUAAUUGACGACUCUAAAUUGCCCGUAGGUGUGAAUGUGAGUGCGAAUGGUUGUUUGUUUGUAUGUGCCCUGCGAUUGGCUGGCAACCAGUUCAGGGUGUACCCCGCCUCCUGCCCGAUGAUAGCUAGGAUAGGCUCCAGCACGCCCGCGACCCUCGUGAGGAGAAGCGGUUCAGAAAAUGGAUGGAUGGAUGGUGUAGAUAGUCAGUUAUCCAGGUCAACGUCUCUUGGACUUUUCUUGUUUGUUUAAUUUGUUCUUCUUUUCCUUGUUUUCUGAAAACGUUCAAAAAUGAUUUAGGCAAUUACGCUAUUAGGCCAAGAAUGUGACAUUCCCAAUAAUGAUUGAAAAUCGUUUCCAUCAUAAAAUCGACAAACACAAAAAGCCAAAGAAAAUCCUUUGUGCUUGUCUGUUGGAUCUCUCUUUGAGGGUUUUUAUUUAUUUAUUUAUUUUUGGCUGCCAAACAGGAAAUCAAUCAGGCGGUUGGUGACGCUUAAAGCGCACAAUGAGGUUGCGAGAAUCGAGUGAUGCUAAUGGAGCUAAACUGUAAUGCAAGCAAGCAUCAAAAUCAAUAGAUUCCUGCUCUCAAUCACUGUGUUUGCUUUUAGUAUUGUUUUUAAAGACCAUCAACCCUUUCCCCGUCCGUCAAUACGCCGUUGUGUCUUUUCCACAUGUGGCUUUCUUGUAGCUUCUAAUUGGCAAAAACAAAAAAGCCUCACGUUAAGGGGUUUGUGUGUGUGUGUGUGUGUGUGUGUGUGCGCGUGUACCUGCAAUUCUCGUGUGCUAUCUCUCCAGUCCAACUUAAAAAAUAAUCAUAUUUUCAAUGAGUUCAUGCGACGACUGCCUUAAGUUUUGUUUUUUUUAAGGUGGUGUAAUCGUCAGUUUCCGUGGCAACCAGCAGGUGGAGGCGGGAGGGGGAAAAAAUGGAGCACGGGAGGGAGGAAGUUCCACGCAAUCAUUGAUUUAUUUUUGCACUUUUUCUGUCUUGUUUUGAAAUUUUAUUAAAUGUUCCCUUAAGAUGGAAAACCGAGUGUGUGUGUGUGUGUGUGUGCGUGUGUGUGUGUGUGUGUGUUUUUCUAUUUAAAUUUUGGUGAAAAUGCAUCUACUUGGCAGCUUGAUAUCUUUCUAAGGUGGCACGUGUGUGUGUGUGUGUGUGUGUGUGUGUGUGUGUCAACCUACUGUUAGAAUGGACGUGCACUCACACAUUUUUUACCUCCUCCAAGGCCCUAAACGUGGUGUAACCAAUCGCUGAGGCUUUCUGUGAUUGUUUUUGUUUGUUGUUGUGUCAUGGAUGACAUCAUAUCCUGGGUCUCUUGCUGUGAUUGGUCGUUUCCAAACCUGUUUGUAGCGCUUGUGUUUUGUGUUGUUUUCUAACACAUUUUAACAGUGUGAAUGCACCUUAUUGAUUUGUGUUGUCAUUUUGUAACAAGGUUGAUUAUAAUAUUGGGUUGAUAACAGGGUUGUUUUUUUGUUCAUGCUGUUUUGUUGUAAAAAUGUUCUGAAUGUGUCAUUUCCCCCCAUUUUUGUGUUGUUUAACUAAUUUGUGUUGAAGCCAAAGUGUGGUAGCAUUGACACAACACACACGCACACAACACAGACAUUAGCCCCUUUCACACUACGCGUCAAAGAUCGACCCGCAAAUCUAACGGAUUAGGAGAUGGAGCGCAGCCUGGCAGAGGUGUCUUCUAGCCCAAAAUUUCCCAGAUUACGAGUUUGUGCAGUACCUUGUCAUAGUCGACUUCUUCCUGAGUUGGUGUUCUGUGUGUAAGGUAUUGACAUGGAAUGGACAGUGGAAGUCGACCCACAAAUUUUCCGGCUCAUUGCCAAUCAAAGUCAGAUUGUUUUAUGGUCGCUGUUAUGUGUGAAAUGUAGCAACGCGGAAUGGCAAGCUACCAUUCCGCGUUCCGCGAAUGGAAAACUACCUGUCAAAGUUGACCUUUCACCAGCUUUUUGUGGGUGGCUGUCCGUGUGAAAGGCAACAGCACGGAAUAAGCGGUAUAAGUCGAACUGCAAAUUUUCCGAGGUAGUACGCUACCUUUCAGUUGACUUUUUCCCCGAGUCGCUGUUGUGUGUGAUACGUAGUAGCAUGGAAUGGGUGGCAGAAGUCGAAGCUUCCAGGGUAGUAACAGAGUCAAAUGUGGGAUGCCGUGUCACUGUGAAAGCGCAUGCAUGCAGUUGCGUCAAAAUUCCGCCUCUGCAGGGUUCUGUGUGAAAGGCGCAGGCGGAUGAAUUCUAGAUCUUUUGUUACAGCUGUCGUGGUCACUAUGCGGGCUCUUGGUGUGAAAUGUGUGUUAAAAAUCUAUUUCACACUGCCUACGCCUGAUAAUUUUAUCCCUUUGGACGUUCUAACAGCCGAGUCACAUCCUGUUUAGCUGGGUUCUGUGUGCAAGGCUCCGAUACGGCAAUUUUUGCAGAAACUCUGUGUGAAAGGGGCUAUUGUUCGUUUGUCGCUGUCCAAUGAAAAGCUCCAAAUAUUGCCGGCUUUAUUUUGAAAGCACAUGCAAAAAGACGUGUGAAAGGUAUUUUGUUUUUUGACGGGAUUACAUCAUGUGAAGCCCUCCGUCCCUGCACUGAUUGUACAAGCUCACAUAGUUUUAUUUUUUUAUGACUUUUUAUUUUUCUUGUCUUCUUGAUUUUGGUGGAGUGUGUGCACGUGUGUGUG